AUCUGUCAUUUCGUUGCAGGCUAAAUUGGGGGUUUUAAACCGUCAAACAUAAAUACUUGAGAUUUGUUUGUAUGCUUGUAAAUGGACGCUGUGCCUUGUGUUCGUGUGUCCCAGUGUCAUGCGCAGCAAGUCAGGAGAUGUCUACAGUCCAAAGGGGCUCUUGAUCUUAGUUUGUCUCUGCUGAAAGAGUCAGAUGAGACAGUCCUCUUGCCAAUUUUACAAUCCUGUCUGCCACAACUUGACCCGCUCUCCCUCAGAACAACAGUGGAUUCAAGUGGUACCUGUGAGAUAGUUUGGAGUCAGUCUCACCUGCAGUUAAAGAAAAAGAGAGGAUGGACACGUAGCAAUAAACUCGAGAAAAUCCUCGGGGAGGUGUUGGAAGCUCAUGGUGAAAGAUGGACAGAGGAGCUGAGGGAGGACCUCCCUCGCAGCUUCCAGAGGCACGGAGACCUGCUCCUGCUGGGAGACAACUGCUUCUCCCUGCCACUAUGGAAGAAGAUGGAUCAACAGAUAUGGAGUAUGGUAGCCAAAGGACUGGGAGCUAAGCGACUGGCAAAGAUUAGUCGAAUAUCCAGAGAUGGAUUUAGGUCUCCCGUGGUGAUGAUGCUAUUAGGAGAGCACAGCUGGGUCAAACAUGUGGACAAUAGGAUCAGUUAUGAGUUUGAUGUCACCCGAUGCAUGUUCUCAGCUGGAAACAUAACAGAGAAGCUCCGGGUGGCUGGAUUUGACUGCAGAGGGGAGACUGUGGUGGAUCUGUACGCAGGUAUUGGAUACUUCACCCUCCCAUAUCUGGUCCACACGGGUGCCAGUCGUGUUCAUGCCUGUGAGUGGAACCCCAACGCAGUUAAAGCUUUACAGAGAAACCUCGAGACAAACGGGGUGUCUGACCGCUGCACCGUUCACCAGGGAGACAACCGACAACUCCAGCUGUGUGACAUUGCCGACCGAGUGAACCUUGGUCUCAUCCCGAGCUCUGAGGACGGCUGGCUCGUUGCCUGUCGGCUGCUGAAGAGGACAACUGGUGGCAUUUUGCACAUUCACCAGAACGUUACGUCAGCGUUACCGAACACGAUCAGUGAUGCCACCCAGAGGACUUCUGGGAAGAAAGCUGACAGAGAGGCGUGGCAGGUCUGGGCUGAUGACACAGCAAACCACAUCGCCUCUCUUUUAAAGGACAUCACUGGCGCACGGUGGAUAACAAACAACCGGCACAUAGAACACGUGAAGUCUUACGCACCUCAUGUUCACCAUGUUGUCCUGGACUUGGAGUGCAGACCAUCCUGAACUGAGGGGAUGAACACAAAUGCUUUGUGCAUUCAUAAUUUAAAUAUGCUGCUGUCUUGAGAAGAAAUAUGCAACUUUGUUUUCUAAAGUUUCCAAUGAUACCAAACACUAAAACAGCACUUAAUUAAUCUGUCAGGUAGUCAAAUCAGCUGCUUCUCUGUUUUUAUAAACUUUUAUUUAUCCAGGGCAGGUUCACUGAGCACGAAUGCAGUUUUUAAAUUUCUUUUUAAGUAACACCCACCAUGCAAAUAAAAUCCAAUCACGAAGCCGCCAAGCUGUAGCACAACCACAGCCUUAUCUGUUGGCCACUGGACAACAGUGGAGGGUUAAGGUGCUUUGCUCAAGGGCACCUCAUUGGGGUGUUAAACUCACUGUUUUCCCCUCCGCUGUUUGAUCCGUAAAACCCCUUGUGGUUGGCUGAAAUGAAAAAACUUUAGACUGAGACAUGAUCACUACUCCUGACUGUAAUUACAGGAACGCACAAACCUAUAAAACUCCCCCAAGAAAUUAAACAGGACACAUAUAUAUUUAUAUAUAUAUUAUAUAUAAACAUACAAUAUAUUUAUUUGAACCUCAGGCAUGACUGUUCACUUCUGAGCAGGUGGCAAAUUAAAGGGAAAAUAAACUGCAUUAAUGAGUGGAGGGACGGAGUGCCUUUGCUUGCAUACCUGGGUGUCACUGAAUGUUUUCAUUCGGAUGGAAAUGAUGUGUAUCAUAUGAUAUGCCUUUCACAAUCAGCAGGUCUGACCCAAUUGAACAGCGUUAGGAGAUUUUGGACCCAAAUAAGGGAAUGUCUUCUGGAUGACUGGCAUUAAUCCCUCCAGUAGAAAGCUAUGAAGCUGCUCCAGUAGCUUGUGGUGUUUACGAAGACAGCUAAUGUUGUUUUUCUCUUCCUUUGUCAGACAUUUAUAUUUUAUCUGGGGGUAGCAGGGGGUGAAAGUACAAAAUGUUUCCUUGUACAACCUUCCAAAGUAGCCAUAUUCAACAAAAGCAGUUGGAUUUUCAUAGUGAUCGAUGCCCCAUAUGAGUUUUGCCUUAAGUGCUGUACUAAUCAAUGAAAUAGAAAGUCAGCAGAGAUAUCCAAGGUCAGCUCUGUCCAUUCUCUGUCUAGAAAUAAGUGGAGGCACCUGGUUGUGCACAUUUAAUUAGUUGGGACUAGAAGCAGUGUGUUUCAGACCCCCUUGCACCUGUAGUGUGUUGUUGAAUAUCAGCCUGUCAAGCUGUCACAGUCUCUGCGAAGCUGUUUUUUAAUGGAUAGGAAAGUAAUA